GCGGCGGCGCAGCGGCAGCCACGCACGGACAGGCCCCGGCCCGGCCCCGCUCAGCGACAGGGCCCCGGCGGCGGCCGGCCGGCUGCGUCCCCCCCCAGCCCCGUCCCCGUCCCUUCCCUUCCCCAGCCCCGCCGCGCCCGGCCCCUGCUGCUCUCCUCAUCGUAACCCGGCCAGGCCCGGCCGCAGGGCGGCGGCGGCUGUGACAGCUUCCAAAGGUGACCAGUAAAGUUCUCUCUGAGCAGCCAAAAAGCAGACAGCUCAUGACUUCUGAUCAGGACACUAAAGUUGUGGCUGAACCGCAGGUGCAGCAAGUACAAGAAGUUAAAGACGGUUCUCAUCUAGAAUCAGCCAAGGUUUCUGAGUUAAAUCCUAAUGCAAAGGUGUGGGGAAAUCAUAUGUUACAUUUGGAAGCAAGUGGUGCCACUGAUGGUAGUGUGAGCAAAACGUGGGAAGAAAUACCUGACCAGCCUCCAGAUUCCUGUAAAGAAGGACUGGAUGCCAAUGGAGACAGCGACAAAAAGCAUCAGAAUGCAGUGGUGACAGAACUGCAGGAACCGUCGCCAGCUGUUUCGGUGUCAGACCAGACAGAUAUGAACCCUUUGGCUCUCGAUCAUUCUGAGUAUGAGUCUAUGCAUGAAACUGCUCAGACAGGUGGAAACGAACAGUUGCAGCCAGAGGGGCAGGAAGAUCUACGAGAAUUACUGAAAAAAACACUGGAAUUCUGCUUAUCUAGAGAAAAUCUUGCCAGUGACAUGUACCUUAUAUCACAGAUGGACAGUGAUCAGUAUGUGCCAAUAAUGACAGUAGCAAACCUUGAUCAUGUCAAGAAACUCAGUACUGAUAUGGAUUUGAUUGUUGAAGUGCUGAGAUCGUUGCCUUUAGUCCAAGUGGAUGAGAAGGGAGAAAAAGUUAGGCCAAAUCAGAAUCGCUGUAUUGUGAUUUUACGUGAAGUACCUGAAUCUACCCCCAUUGAAGAGGUUGAAGCACUUUUCAAAGGAGAUAAUUUGCCUAAGUUUAUCAACUGUGAGUUUGCCUAUAAUGACAACUGGUUCAUCACGUUUGAAUCAGAAGCUGAUGCACAGCAGGCUUACAGAUACCUUAGAGAAGAAGUGAAAACUUUCCAAGGAAAACCCAUUAAGGCAAGGAUAAAAGCAAAGGCAAUAGCUAUAAACACAUUUUUGCCAAAGAAUGGAUAUAGACCUCUGGAUAUGAACCUCUACACGCAGCAGCGUUACACAACAUCCUUUUACUUACCUCCAGUAUACAGCCCCCAACAGCAGUUUCCGUUGUACAGCUUAAUCGCCCCACAGACCUGGUCAACCACACACAGCUACCUUGACCCUGCUUUGGUAACACCAUUUCCAAAUACUGGAUUUAUCAAUGGGUUCACAUCUCCGACCUUCAAGCCUGCUGCUUCUCCACUGACUACACUCAGACAAUACCCUCCCAGGAACAGGAAUCCUAGCAAGUCCCAUAUACGACAUACAAUACCCAGUGCAGAAAGGGGACCUGGGCUUCUAGACAGUCCUACAAUAUUCAACUUUUCUGCUGAUCGUUUAAUCAAUGGCGUCAGGAGUCCACAGACGCGGCAGCCGGGACAAAACAGGACACGGAUGCAGAAUGCUACUACGAGUUACACCAAGAGGGAAGUAGGAACUGGACGAAUGGAACAGACCAGCGUGGACUCGUCUCCUGGAUUAGGUAGAGGAAGGAAAAACUCGUAUGGCUACCGAAAGAAAAGGGAGGACAAGUUUACGAGAGGCCAAACACAGUCUCCACCACCACCAAAACCUCCAUCUCCUAGCUUUGAAUUGGGUUUAUCUAGCUUUCCUCCAUUACCUGGGGCUGCUGGCAAUUUAAAGACUGAAGACCUUUUUGAAAACAGACUGUCCAGUGUGGUAAUAGGAACGUCAAAAGAAAGAAACCUUAAUGUGGAUGCAAGUACAAACACUAUUCCAUCUGGAAUUCCUCGGGAGCCAUUGUUGCCAGUCUCUUCUGCAUUGCCCAGGACGUUUGAAAGGUCUCCUUCGCCAACCCAGUCUUCUGAGGACUCCAAGGUUGUGGAUAAACAGCAGAGAGAGACACAGAGCACAGAAAGGCUUUCUUCUUCCACACUCAGUACUGCAUGCAAAUCGGUACAGGUCAAUGGGGCUGCCACAGAACUGCGAAAACCUAGUUAUGCAGAAAUUUGCCAGAGAACAACUAAGGAUCCUCCUACAUUGCAACCCCAGAAAGAACAGAAGCCAAACACUGUAGCAUGUGGGAAAGAAGAAAGAAAGCCCACAGAAACAAUAGAGAAAAACAGAGAACCUCCUCCUGCGAAGUCACAUCCUGGACAACCCAAAGACCAGAGGAGACAGUCAGGACGCAGAUCGUCCCCUCCAGCUGUUGGCAAACGCUUAAAUAAAGAACAGAACACCCCUCCCAAAUCUCCUCAGUGAUGAAACUAACAACUGGGAGGGAUUCAAAAAGAGGUCUGCUUCCCACAAAUUAAACCCAUGUUCCCACUAAGAUACCUGAGAAUGAGUUGCUGGUUAGGAGCUUGCAGUGAUACUAGGCAUAUAACAAUGCCUGCAAGUUAUUUUUCUGUGAAAUACUUUUUCCCCUCUUGAACAAACAUUCUAUUUUUUCUGGAUAUUUCUGGAUAGUUGUUCUAAACCUUACCUUUAGGUUGGUGCUUAAUUGGAGGUGAAGCUUAGUGUGAUUAUUUUUUUCAAGAUGUAAAAUAUUUGUCUUAAAAAAAAAAAUCAACUUUUUAUUAAGCCUCUCUGUGGCUGUGUGAGUGCAAGCUCUGUAUAGUGAGUUUUUUUCUAAACUGUUAAGCAGAAAUGUGCUGCUGCAAUAUUUUUAAUAAACUGGUCUGCAAGUACAUAUCUAAAGUGUCCAAAAGACUGAUAACGGCAGCUAGUGUGUAGAGUGCAAGGAAGUAGAUACAUUUUACGAGUUAGUAUGUGACCUUGAAGAUUUUUUUUAUUGGGCUGCUGUACUAAAUGUCAGCAAAUGAACUUGCACUUUUAGGUUAAACGAGUAGUUGUUUCUAGCGUUUUUAAAAAUCGAAUCUUUUUUUGAUGUUUUGCACACAGAGAAUGAAUCCUAUGGAGCACCAUAGCAGUCUUUCUAAAACGUUUCCUUUUUUGACUUACUGCAAGCAAGUAACCAUCUUCUCACUCCAGAAUAAAACUGAUGUUAUAAUUUGCAAAUACAAAGCACAUUGUGAAUAGAAAGAAUUAAGUCUUUGAGCUUCUAUGGUGGUGAAGCUUAUUAGUGGAUGUUAUCAGGAGAAAGCACUGUAGCCUUCUUGUGAUAACCUUAGCUUCCCUGUGCUUGUAAGGGAGUUAACUGAGUCAGCGCUGUAUGUUCUGGUUACCCCUGUGCUCUGUGUAGACUUUUUUUUUAAACUCUACCCCAAGUGCUCUUUGAAAGAGUUCAUAUCUUAGUCAGCCUUGUGUUGACGUCUUCCUGUAACUACAAGCAUUGGCAUAAGGAUUUAAAUUUUUCGAGACGUGAGAUAAUGGUGUUUGUUUUGUGUGGUGGAGGAAGAGAUCCCUGAUAUUUACCUCUGGGAUGAGGUUUCUCACACUUACUUUAGAAGUGAUGCGCUUUCUGAAGGACAAGGAUGCACUAAAUUAGCAAGUUUCUAAUAAAGUUGAAUAUAAAUUAUUUUUGUUUUAAAAUGCCUAAAGCUUUUCUUUAAGUGUUUAAACUGCAGGAAGUUCAGCCUAAACUCAUUCCUGCUGACUAUGACAGUACAGUUUAUUCCACAAAAAUGUUUAUUUAAACAACUGAUUUUUUUAAAGAAUUAUUUCCAUCCAAUAUUUAAAGACUUGAAUUUUAUUUAAACUUGAAAAUGACUUUGCCUUAACUUUUGUACAAGACAGCUUAGAGUUAAUGAGGUCUGACCCCAUUGAGGGUUAGCAAGAGUGGAAUACAGAAUUACUCAGUUACAGUAUGUAUCUAUUGUCACUGGUCUUACUGGGUAAACAUACUGUAGUACAGGAACUAGCAGCAGUUUUUGUAAUAUACCUUAAAGAUCUUAAACAGUUGAUCUUUUUCAGAUUGUUGAAAAAUCUGUAAAUGCAAAUAGUCAAUACUGUAUUAAAUAUGUGCACUUGGAAGUGUGUGCUUUGCUUGUACAGUUGUAAAUAAUCAGAACAUAUAAAAAGGUACCCUAAAGAAAAAAAUCUGAUAAAAAUUAUUGAUAUUAUAAAUGUUGCUGUUGAGCUGGAUGUAGAUAAACUAAAUGUUGUGGUUUGAAUAUUACUUUAAUUUGUUGUUUUUUCUUUUUCUUAUUUUAUUCUGGUGUGCUGAACUGACUCUGCCUCUUCACUGCAAAAGGGAAAUGGAACGAAAGUCUUAUUUGAAAGCCCUCAAAUGUUUUCCUAAAUCCCUCUAAAAACAAGUGAUUUAACCAAUUCCAAAGUUUUCUGCAAUGUAAAUAUUGAAUUUUAGCAGUCAAACUGUAAUUUUAAGUCAUUAAUAAAAUCAAACUUAAUUGGAAAAAUCUUCAGACUGCUAAGAAAAUAUACACUGAAUCUUAUUUGUCUGCUUUCAAGAAUAUCAGUGCUUUCCUAAGUAUGAUUCGUAGAACUGUAAAGUAACCGUAGAAGUUAACUCCUGAUAAAUUUCCUAUUAAAAGCAUCAAUCGGUAACUAGUUGACCUUCUAAAUCCAGCCUGUUGUAUGCUGCAGAAUUGGUUAAAAUAGGGCAUGCUGGAAGCCGUUGAUUUUUCUCGUUUAACAAGCGCACUUUGUGAAUGCCGUGGGAGGAGAUAGGACUCUGACAACAUCACCAAAACUGCUCAACUAGUUCUGUCAUUGGAUUUUAACAUGCUUAUCCUUUCCCCGGUGGCAGUGAAAGUGGUAGCUAGAUUUGUGUAUGGUUUAGGCCAGCUGUAUGGUUCAUUUUGUUUGUCUGCUGAAAGUGAAAGGCUUACCAGCUGCAAACAAUCACAAGUGGUUACUUACAGCGACUGUGUACAGCUAGUCAUAAUGCUCAACUGGUACAUAAGGUAAUAUAUUGAGACCAGCAGGAUGUGUUGUGCUGUUCUAAUGUAUUCUGCUGCCAUUUGUGCUAGGUCAAUACACUGUAAUUACUGCUUACCCAGCAACAGUCUGUUGCAUCGAAAGUUUAAAUCUUCCUCUGAUGUGGUUUUUAUAGCUUUUUUUAAAGAAAAAAAAAAGGUGACACGCCAAAUAGCUGUGUAAUGUACAACUUAUCCUUACUGCAUUUUACUUGGAGAUUUUUUUUCCACUCUGACAAAAUGGAGUUUUCGGAGUAGAGUUGUGAAGUUGCAUGCAGACUGUUGCUACGAUACAUAGAGAUAAUAAAAUGUGGCUUUUAAAAUGAAAAACCUCCCCAAAGCAGUAGCUGAGUUAAAGGUUCAGGGAUACAGUAAUUAAAAUUGGCAUUUUACCUUGUGGGAUUGUGUGGUGGUGCUCUUCAUUUUGCAAACAAGCUAAAACGGGAUCUGAGACUCUUCUUCCAGGAAUUUAAAAAAAACAAAACAAGGGUUGCUUUUAAAACUUUGUGUGAUCUUGUUUCGGAUCAGUCCCCCACCACGACAUUUGUCACUUGCCACGUGGAAACCUAUGAACGGUGGCAAUUUUCUUCGGUUGCUGCUUUAUCCUUUUAAAGACUUCAGCAGUUGGCACAGAAAGGCCCUUGUUUGAGCGUGGUGCAGUGUAUCACAAGCAACAGCUGACUGUAAUGGUGCAUACCUAUCUCUGUAUCUCCUUCAGCUAGCUACAGUUAGGGAUUUUUAUGUGCUUUGUAACCUAUUACACUAAUAGCAGCAGACAAUCGAAGAUUUCUAAGGAGACCUAACAGCUGCCAAUUCAUGAAAUAGAAGUGUAAUAUGGAAGCCUUCUUGAGGGUUUUUGUUUUUGUUCUUCUUCCAUUAAGACUGGAAUCAAGCUUACAUGUAAACUAUCAGUAAUUUAAGUUUCCUUUUGUGUCAUAAAAUGUAAAACUGUCUAAUUUGAAAAAAAAAAAAUAUGUAGGUUAUGAAAAAUAAAGAUUUAGGCACUGUUGAA